CAUUGCAAAGAGGAAAAAGUAAGAUAAGAUAUUCAUGCCUGCUUUAAUUAAUAUCAGCAAUUAGGCAACCCUAAAUUGCUGAUGGCAUGAAAUAGAUUUUUGUUAUUAAUAUAGACUAAGGGAAAAAAAAUGCGUUUUACCAACAAAUUGUAUGCCCAACAUUUGGGUUGGAUGUUCAAAAAAAAGUGGGAAGUGCAACGUAAAAGAGUCCCGACUGGAGCAGAGAGUGAACUAGCUAAUCAUGGAAUAAAAGUGAAAGAUAUUAUGGAAGUCGCUAAUCCAAAAACACAGCGUCAACGCGUGGAGUUUGAAUGUUUGGUACCUUCAAAGCAAGCUGAAAGUGAAAGUCAUCCUAACUGGCACCAGCAGCUAUGUCACUUGUAUGGGAAUGGCAAUGUACUAUUAGAAGGUAUAUCUCAAGCUCAAGUGUUAAUUAAGACAGUCGAAAUAAAAGAGCUGCCGAAGAAUGUCAGAGACGCUAUUGAGAAGUCGCAAUUGCCGAGCUAUAUAGAUCGGAGUGUUUACAAUGCCACAAUGUCUUCGCACGUUUUAGAUGCAGAACAAAUGAAACUGCCAAAAGUUAAAAUACCGGAAAGGCCAGCUUUCAGGCUACCCAGAGAUUAUGGUAUAUCCCAUCAGAGAAAAAACCGUUUAUUAAUCAAUAGAUUGCUGGCGGAAUGUGAAAAGUUAGCUGGUCAUUCAUUAACUUCCCGACGCAGGCUAUUAGAUCUUGUAAAUUUUAAAGUCACUUUACCUAAGGAUAAUCUUCUACUACAAUUUGACGUAACCGCUGAAAAGUUCAUUACAGCCGCUCGUCCUAUUGAACCAAUUAAAGGAAAAUAUGACGAUGAUUUACCAGAUUUAUAUCCAAUGAAGUGCACAAUAUCAAUGCCGAAAAAGCAUGUAUAUACCACUGAAACGUUUUAUCCUCUCAGCAAUCGUAUUAGUUGCACGCAUCCUCAUACCGUAGUCACUCAUUUCGACAAAGAUUUUGUAGGAAAUGUUUAUGAGACUGGAGUCACUACUACCCAGUUUCAUAGUCGAACUUUACUUAAAGCUUUUGCUGUGGCAGCUACAAGAGCUAAGCAAUUAUAUAGCGGAUCGGCUUUAGAGAAACUUCCCAAACCAAUUGUUGUGCAAAGUAUUCAAACUGAUGGUCGUGUUUUUCACUUCGGAGUAUUUCAACUAAAUACCUUAUCUCUGGAGGAAAAGAACGUAGAAAAGAAUUACUGGUUCCAUGAAUCAAAUAUGGAUUUAUUUACAGAGUGUGGUUAUAGAAUGGGACGUCCUUACCUAGAGGGAUUCAACAAAGAUGUUUUCCGUGUAAUAAACGCUUUCUACCAUACCGCUUGAAACGCAAGGUUUUUACAUUAAGUGGUACAAAACUUCAACAAGUAACUUUAAUUAGUAAAAACAAGAACAUGUUUUGAAUUAAUUAUAUCCUGAACAACUCAAAUAUUACAAUGUUGCGAUUGUGAAAGUAAAAAAGUUUCUUGGUUCCAUAAAUAAAUGAUUUUUCUUUA